UGAAUAUACGGCUAGUCGGCUUAUGGGCUUGGCUCCCGUGAGCUGGAAGCGCCACCCUUUCUUUUCCACCUCGACUCUCGUCAACCCCAACCUUUUGCUGAUACAUACAUUCUGUGAGACCUCAGUAACGCCCUGGCUCGUGCCCCCUUUCACGCCGCUACGCUCAGCCCUUCUCGCCCUUCCCUCUAGCCUUCCUUCUUGGUUAUUUAGCAUGGUCGCAUAGCCCGUGUAUUUCCUCAUUCCCGCAGUCAUCCACCCGCUCGCUCGCUAGUCCACCCUUUUGCUCCACGCUUGAUUGUCAUAGACAGUCCCCGCUACUCCGAUGGCAGCAGAGAAGCGCCCUUCCACCGACGGCCUCGUCGACAACAUCGAUGGCCCCCGAGAAUCCACCGAGCUCGAUGAGCUGCCCAAGUACGAGACACCGGCUGAGGAGCCUGCGCCGAUAACACUCAAAGAAAAAAUCAUCACUUGCUUAUGCGUCGCCCUCAAUACCUUCUCUACCCUGGGCCUCAUCUUUUUCACCAAACUUGUACUCAGCGAUGCGCAACUUGCAUCGUGCCAAAUCAUGGUUGUCAUGUGGCACUUUAUAACUACUGCUGUCGUCCUUUUCAUCGCCUCAAGGGCACCUUUCCGCCUCUUCAAACCCGUCCGCCUGAAUCCCUGGCACAUGGUUCCCGUAUGCGCCUUCUUCGCCGGCUACGUGAUUCUCGGCAAUCUCAGUUUGACCUACAACGACAUCAGCUUCUACCAACUUGCCAAGGUCAUGACUACACCUACCGUUGUCUUGAUCAACUUUGUACUCUUCCGAAAGACGGUAACCAGAUGGAUGCUUGCCGCCAUCCUGACAACAUGCGCAGGCGUAUCGUUGACCAUGGUCAAAGCCGUAGACAAGGAAGACAAGACACGACUACUCGGAGUCAUCAUUGCAGUACUCGCAUUCUGCUCGACCGCCUUAUAUCAGAUCUGGAUUGGCAAGAAGAUUGAGGAUUUUGGUGUUAGCGGCCCCCAACUGCUCCUGAACCAGGCACCCAUCGCUGUUGUCAUGCUCAUCCCCUUCGUACCAUUCCUGGACACAAUACCAGAUAUCAGCACCAUCCCCACCAAAAACCUAUGGGCCGUGCUCGGAUCCGGCAUCAUGGCCUCCAUGGUCAAUCUUUCGCAGUUCCUCAUUAUUGGCCGAACCUCAGCUCUGACGUUCAACAUUGUCAGCCAUAUCAAGACGAUAUUGAUCUUGUCGAUUGGAUGGUACAGCGAGAAGAAGAUUUUGACCGGGAAAGAGUGGCUGGGCGUCUUGCUGGCGCUCGGCGGUGCGUGGGUAUACUCGCAUCUGGCCAUGAAGGCGAAACAGCAGAAAUAA